UGUUUUAUGUGGUAACAGGAAAUGCAGGUUAACUUAUCUUUGUGUUUACAUUUAUUCUUUGAAUGGUUCAGACGGAAGUAGCUUGACUAGUGGUAUGAUUUUGAAUAGCGUGACAUCUCCCAGGUGUAACUUGUUCUUCACCAUCUGACAUGGAAAACUCCACCGAUGACUACAAAAUCCAGUCUUUUGACUUGGAAACGCAGACAUUACUGAAAACUGCCUUGAAAGAUCCAAGUUCUGUGAACCUGGAGAAGGUCUCAAAUGUCAUCGUAGAGCAGUCUCUAAAGGAUUGUGUGUUCAGCAAAGAGGCCGGACGUAUUUGUUACACUAUUGUGCAGGCUGAGGCCAAACAAAGCAGCGGAAAUGUGUUUAGGAGGCUCCUGUUGAACCGACUACAGCAAGAGUUUAAAGUACGUGAAGAAACAAGAACACGCUCUCUGCAGGAGUGGGUGUGCUACGUCACCUUCAUCUGUAACAUCUUUGACUACCUCAAGGUGAAUGACAUGCCCAUGGUGGCGCUGGUCCAGCCUGUGUACGACUGUCUGACGAGGUUGGCCCGACCAGACGCUUUAACCAAUGAGGAAGAGGUGGACUGCCUGGUGCUGCAGCUCCAUCGUAUCGGAGAGCAGCUGGAGAAGAUGAACAUCCAGCGGAUGGACGAGCUGUUCUUCCUGCUCCGGGACGGAUUCCUGCUCCAGGAGGGCCUCGCUUCCAUGACGCGGCUGCUGCUGCUGGAGAUCCUGGAGUUCAGAGCCGGAGGCUGGAUGCUCAAUAGUACGGCCCACAAGUAUUACUACAGCGAGUUAGCCGAGUGAGGCAAACCGCCACAGAGAGAGAGAGAGAGAGAGGGCGUGUCUGUCACCAGCAGCAUCUUUCAGCUCAUCUACAGGGAAACUCAGUCUGGGACAGUCGCUUCGAUUUUUCUGGGUGCUUUUAUUUCCAGUGGAGAUGUGAUGGAGGUGAAAUGUGCAAUAGUUCACAAAGCUAAGGAGGUUCGCUUCUUUCACAGAUACUUGGGAAAAGGUUUCUUCUAAAGAUGAAUUGAGAGAUAGGCUCAUUAUUUUUAAAUCUUCUUGCAUUCCUGUUGUUUUAGGAAACAUUUCCUGUUUAAGUUUACCAAAUUUGUACAGACAUUCCAACGAGACGCAGAUAUGCUCUUGGCUUUUGCUUUUUUAAAUCGUUUUUAUAAAUAUUGUUGAUCUGCUGCAGAAGAGUUUCAGUUCAGGAGAAAUGUCCUCUUUGGAUCCUUGUUCCUGUUUGGUGAAGCUGCUUUGUUUUCAUGGAAGGAUUUUUUUUAGUUUUGUAUUCAUUACGAUUUUAAAGACCAAAACACCCCUCUACACCCGCUUUCCUACGGGUUCGGUUUCAUUCAUGGUUUACGUCAGAAGAUCCUUGUGAACAACCAGCAGAACAAUUUAGUUUUGGUUACAGUAAAAUGUACAUAUUAGCCAUAACAUUAUGACCAAUCCUUUACUGGUCCAGAACAUUUUUUAAAGAUGAGCACUGUUGAGACCUCAUGACUGACCAGUGUGUGUGUGUGUGUGUGACCUCAUUUGAGCCUCAGUGAUAUUUUUAAGGUUUUUAACCAAAGCUAUGCCUUAGCAUCACACUGAGAUAAGUGUAAAGUACUUGUUCACCACCUGUUAAAUGUAGGAGUUAAGCUUCAGGAAAAAAUGGAAUUUUGGAAAAUUCUCAUUCGUUUUAUUAAAAACCUCAGAAGCUACAACAAAACUGAACAUUUGGUUUUCCCGUUGCGAUGAAAGGCUACAUGUAACAGGUAGUUAAACCUGAUCAUUAGUUUAAAAAGUACGGUUGGUUUAAGAAUUUCAUGCAUUUAAAACUUGGAAAUUCUGAAUCAUAAAAACUGGAAAUAUUUAAAUUCCAGUUUUUUUAACAAUCAUUUCACUCUGAUGUUGCAGCUCUCCUGACUUUGUUCCAGUUUUCUACAGUUGGAUUGUAAUUUUAAUCAGUUGUUUUAAUAAAUUCUUGAUUUGA